AUGAAUCAAAUAGUUUCUGGCAUUCAAUUCAACGUAGGUGCUAGAUAUGAAGUAAAGAAAUUGUUAGGUGCUGGUGCCUAUGGACAUGUAGCUCUUGCCAUUGACAAGAAGCAAACUGAUCCAGAGAAAUAGAAAGUGGCUAUUAAAAAGCUACACCUGGUUAGAGAUGAGAUCGACGCAAAAAGAGUGUUGAGAGAGAUUAGAAUUUUGAGAACAAUGCAACAUGAAAAUAUUCUACAUCUGGAGAACUUAAUCUAUGAUGAUUCAAAUAAGGAGUUAGAAUUCGGAGAAAUCUACCUAGUUACGAAUUACCUGGAAGUGGAUCUCUAUAAGAUUAUUAAGAGUGGACAAAAUCUUACCGAUUAGCACUAUCAAUAUAUAAUAUAUCAAUUACUCAAAGGGUUAAAAUAUUUGCACUCUGCAAGCAUAGUCCACAGGGAUAUUAAGCCAAGCAAUAUUUUAGCUACUGAGAAUUGUGAAAUAUGCUAUUGUGAUUUUGGAUUGGCAAGAUAAAUAGAAGAAUUGGAAGCAGAGGAUAAUAGAUGCCAAAACAUGUUGACAGAGUAUGUCGUAACAAGGUAUUAUAGAGCUCCUGAAGUAAUGUUAUCAUCACAUGAAUAUUCAACUGCAAUUGAUAUUUGGUCAUUGGGAUGUACAUUUGCUGAAUUGAUUACAAAGUAAAUUUUAUUCAAAGGAACUAAUUAUAUAUAAAUGAUAAAGCUUAUCUUUGAUACAUUAGGUAAGCCAUAGGAUGAAGAUUUAUAAUUUAUCACAAAUAGUAAUGCCAAGAAAUAUGUGAGUAGUCUUUAGACGAAAUAAAAGUGCACAAUUGGAAGUGUAAUCAAGUAUUCUAAUCCACAUGCAAUUGAUUUAUUAGACAAAAUGCUUGAGAUCAAUCCUAAAAAGAGAAUCACAAGUGCUUAAGCAUUAAAUCAUCCAUAUUUGGAAUCUAUAAGAGAUCCUGAUGAUGAACCUUCAUUUGAAGGAAAUCUAGAUUCUUAGUUUGAGAAUGAUAAUACCAUAUAAUUAAAGGAUUUGAAAAUAUUAAUCUUAAAUGAAGUGAAUUUGAUGAAAUAAAAUCAUAAUGAACCAUUGUUAAAUAUUCAAUUGGAGGUUGAAAAGAGAGAGCAAAUAGCAAAAUUAAAUUAAUAAAAAAAAUAAUAAAUGAAACAAUAGCAACAAAAAUAAUGAAAAACCUUUUAUUAUUAUUUAAUCGAAUUGCAUAAAAAUAUAUA